AUGAAAGGGACUCCUAUCGGAUAUCUCUCAAGUACUUCACGUGCAGAAGCUAUCAACGCACUCGAUAAUCUUUCGAAGCGACUUUCAGAGUCUUCUUCAUCACUAGCAUCCCGAGAUACUCUAACUCGAACGAAACGUGAUCGUAGGACACGAAACCACAAAUCAAUUCCAAUCGUUUCCACCAAAACUACCGCUCUUGGUCCAGCUACAAAAGAUGGUUGGAUACGACCGAAAUCAAGCAAGAAAGAUGUCGAGAAGUCGAAAGCGCAAACUCGGAAAGCUACUAUUGCUAAGCCACCAAGCAAAGGAAAGCCAACGCCUUCGCAAUCUGUCGAUGAAGUAGUAGAAAAGCGAGAGCCAAUACCUAGAACAGCAGCAAAAAAUAGAAAGUCAGGCAUCUCCUUUGCAUCGGAUAGCACGAAGAUUGGCGAAAUUCCAGAAUACAGGGUUACUAGAUUGCUAGCUGCAUCACGCUACAAUGGUUCCGAAUUUCCUACACCCAAAGCUGUAUAUCCCUUGGCUCCGUAUCAGCAUGAGUCUCGAAAGAAGAGUUUUGGUAUUGGCAAACUUUUUAAGAGUCGACCUAUGGCGUCAGCUCAAGCACAUGAUAAUCAAAUAUGA